UGAUGUCUGAGCAAAAGGCGAGCACUCUUAGUUUUUUUUGUUGAUCACCAUCCUUCAAUCUUCAUUCUUUAUCGCAAUCAACCAGCCGCAUCCAUACAAACUACAGCCAGGCCACACAGAAGCGCGCGCACAUCCCCCAAUCGAUCAGAUCCAACAAUGGGCCGCGAAGAAGAUCUGCUGCAGGCUGCCAAGGCCGGCAAUGUGGACGCGGUCCGACGGCUGCUGGGCCAGGCGGGCGACGCGGAGGCAUCAUCCUCUGGCUCGGAGCGGUCUUCUGUCUCUGCUGGGUCGUCUGGCGCCGGUGGCCCGGGCUCUGGCUCUGGCUCUGGCUCUGGUGCGAUGGCCACUGCAGGGCGGGUGGCUGCGCUGCGUGUGGUCAAGCAGCUCGACUCGCUGCUGGGCAAGAAGCCAUCGGUCAACUGCAAGGACGAAGCGGGCCUGACACCCUUGCACCACGCCUGCCUCGCCGGCCACGAAACAGUCCUCGAGGCACUCCUCAGGGCAGACGCGUCGCUCGUCGUCAAGGACAACAAGGGAUUCACACCGCUGCACGCCGCGUGCUGGGGCGGACACCUCCUACUCGUCGAGCGACUCAUUAACGAAGUAACGUCGGUCAACGACGCAUCCAAGUCGGGCGAUACGGCCUUGCAUUACGCAGCCACGAACGGAUCUGCAGACAUUUGCUCGCUCUUGCUCAAGCGAGGCGCAGACGCCUUCCUUCGCAACGCUGCAGGCGAGGCGCCCAUUGACCAGGCUGCGCUGUACGGUCGCCUCGACGCUGUCCGCGUUUUGGUCGAAGCCACGCGCAAGCAGCUCGGCCGCUACUCGUCCGAGAAACACUCACCCCUGCAUGCUGCAGCGCGCAACGGCCACGUGCCCGUUGUCAGACUGCUGCUGCAGUAUGGCAUGGACAUUAACACGCGCACCACGAACGGCACCUGUCUGCACGAAGCCGCGCUCUACGGCAAAAAGGACGUCGUCCGCGUCCUCCUCGAGUCUGGCAUUGACGUUGAAAUCCGCAACUCGGGCAACGAAACGGCACUCGACACCUUGAAUGCGUUUGCAAACAAGACUGGCCAUGAAAUUCGCGACAUGCUUGUUGCCAAAAUGCACGGCAAUGCCGGAGGAAACAGCUCUGGAGCCGUCUGCGUGCGAGCCACCAUGGACUACACUCCAAGCGCGUACGACGACAAGUUGCUUGGCUUCAAGGAAGGCGACAUCAUCACUUUGAUUGAACAACCCGAGAAUGGUCGCUGGAAGGGCAAGUUGAACGGUCGCACGGGCAUCUUCCCGCACACGUGCGUCGAAAUGCUCGACCCCGCCAGCCCGCGAGCAAGCAGCAGUGUGCUCCCUCACAAGCCCGUAAACUCCAAGGACGACCAUCAUCAUCAUCAUCAUCAUCCUCCGUCAAGAGGCGGGCAUCAUGACGGGCAUGAGAUUGCCAACUGGCUUGCUUCGGUGGAGCUCUCGCAGUAUGCCGACAUGCUCAUUGUCAACGGCUUUGACAAGCUGGGCUUCAUCUCGGAGGCCGUGCAGGAGGACUUUGCACUGGCGGGCGUCACCAUGGUUGGACACCGCAAGAAGCUUCAAUGGACGGCCGAGAGCGUCGCUGCCAAGACUCCCUUCCAGCACACGCGACCGCGCUCGGUGCGCCAAUGGCUCGAGGGCAUCGAGUUGCUCGAGCUGGAGGCCACCUUGCUUGACAAUGGCUACGACGACAUUAACUUUGUUGCUCAAAUCACGGACGAAGAGCUCAUCAGUCUGGGCAUCAAGCUGGUCGGCCAUCGUCGUCGCAUUCUGAACUCGCUCGCUCGCUUGAAUGGUCUGCCCACGCAUGGCAUUGUGCUCCAAGCCACCCCUCCCGUGGUUCCAUCGGCGUCGACACUCGCGCAACAUCAUACCGUCAGCUCAUCUGCCGCAUCUGCUGAGCCGGCCAGUGCCCCCAGCUUUUCUCGCGGCACCAAGCCUGGCGCCAGCGCCGCCGCCGCUUCGUCCGCUGCUUCGACCGUGGCUGCUAGCUCGCCGAAAAUCGUCGGCGGUGUGUACAAGUUUAAUCCAAUUCGCGAAGUCUCCCACGACGACACUGUGAUCAAGACAUUUAGUGGUACGCUGCUCGGCAGCGAAGAGCUCGAAACGUACAAUGGGCCAGCCUCUGCUCUCCGAACACUUUCACGCUUCCGGGACAUGGUCCAGGGCAUCCCGAGCAACAUGAGCAUCACGCUGUUCGACCACGUCAUUGAUGUGACGGAUCGGCAUGAGACGGUGGUUUGCAGCAUUUCCGCCCAUCAGCUCAUCCUGUGCUGCGAAGAUCCCGUCAAUCCCCAGUUGUUGUGUAUCGUCGCCAAGCUCGAGUCAAACACGGAUGCCUGCUACGUCUGCCACAACUUCCAGGUCCGGUCUGCGUCAGAAGUCAUGCAAACGCUCAUGCAGACCUACAAUAGCGCGCAACGCACGUCCUUUAUUGCCACGCCCGUCGCCGCUCGCCCGAUCGGCCAGUCGUCCAUCAUCAACAUUAAGGAUUUGCCGGCCGCCCCUCCGCUCGCCAAGUCGCCUCAAGUGGCGGCUCCCUUGGAAAGUCCCAAGGCAAGUGCAGGCCCUGCAGAGGACAACUACGAGCAGCUCCAUCUGUAUGCGACGCCCACUCUCCCAGCUGCUGCUCCCGCGGUCAACAUUUACGACCAUCCUGGCCAGCACUCUACCACGUAUGCUCCCACGCCUGCUCCUGCAGUGGCUGUCGCGGCUGCUCCUGCACAAUACGGGAAUGACUUGUACGCCAAAGUCAAUCGCGGCCCAUCGCAGCAGACUCCUUCUCCUCCAGUGGUUGUUGCUCCGACGACGACGACGACGACGACGACGACGGCUUCCGCUGCUUCUGAUGUCUACACUCGCGUGGGCCCGACUGCAGCUGCAGAAGACCCCUCUGCCCUGUAUGCGCAAGUGAAGCGGCCAGGCAAACUGCCGUCGCCGUCGCGCUCUGGUGCCACGACGCCUUCGCAUCCAUCCCCCGUCGGCCAUCUGCCAGCGUCAUCCUCCUUCUCCUCGCUGGAUGCGCUCGUCAUGGGCAUCGACAACAGCGUGCUCCAGUACAACAAGGCCAGUUCACGCUUGGUGGUCCAACCCAAUCCCGACCCGAUCAACAACAACAACAACAACAACAACAAUUCGAGUUCGCGUCUCGUGGUUGAGCCAAACCCAUCCCCGAUUCUUCCCAUCCACGACCCUGCGCCUGCUGCUGCGUAUGCUCUUCCCUACAAGUCGAGCGCAAGCACGCCUCCCACUUCUGCUCCCGAUGCGUCUGCUGUCUAUGCCGUCGUGAACAAGCCCGCGAGUCGGAAUGCUGCAGCGACGCAAGCCCACGCGCCUGGCUCCACGUCUCUCCCUGCCAUCAAGCCAGCUCCAUUGGCAGCUGCAGUCGUUUCUCCGGCUGCCAACGCCCAUGAUGACGUGCUGUCACAGCUCGAUGACUUGGUGUCUGCUUUCGAAGUGGAAGAAGACGAUGAUCUCCCAGUCUUCGAACAGACGAAGCCUGUAGCGGCACUGCCGCCAAAGCCUGUUGCUGCUGCUGCUGCUGCCACUGGUCCUGCUGCUGCCUUGUUGGCGCCAAAGCCGACGUCUGCUCUCGCCGCAACGCCGAAUUUACCCCCGAAGCCAGCAACGACACCCUCUCCGACUCCUCCCACACCUGUCGAGUCCCCGGUUGUGUUGGCUCCCAAGCCUGCUCCUUCUCCAGUUGUCGCUGCUCCUGCGCCUGCUCCGGUUCCUGCACCAGCUCCAGCGCCAGCGCCAGCAUCCCCUGGUGCUGAAACACCCGCCGUGUCGCACCCGAAUCCCACUGCAGUCGCCCCGAAGCCUUCCGCGCUUACGCCAAAGCCCGCUGCAGUUGCUCCCAAACCCACAAUUGGCGCGCCAAAGCCCACCGCUGUUGCUCCGAAGCCAACUGUUGGUGCGCCAAAGCCAACACCCGCAGCCUCGUCCCCCAAACCUGCUGCAGCUGCUGUUGUUGCUGAGCCUGCUCCGUCUGCUCCGUCUGCUACGCCUACUCUGGCUGCUUCUGCAGCGCCGGUCGCUGCUCAAGCAAGUGCCCCGUCGGCCUCGUCGGCUGAAGCUGUUGCCCCUGCUGUUGUUGCUGGGGCGUACAAGCCGGCAACAAUUGACAACCUGAGCAACUUUGUGGAUGAUUUGAUGGCUGGUCUUGACUUUUGAGUCUGAAAGCUAGCUCUUGCCAUUAUGUGUGUUUGUUUGAUUUGGUUCGUUUGUCCAUCUUUUAUGUGUUAGAUUCGUAGAGUACACAAUACAUCACUAGCG